CUCUAUUCCUAACCCAUCCUUUAGGUACCAGUUGAGCAAUACGUUUGCCGAAGUGGUAGAACCCCCACCUUGGUUUGCAUUCUCCAUUGGCUCUCUUUCCUGUAGAGAACAAUUUAGUCAGCUGUAUUUUGGCUGCUGCAGGGGUCAGAUGAAGACAGCAAUGUUAAUUUUCUUGCACUAGAAAGAUCUUUUUUGCCUGAUAAGAAAAGCAAAAUGUCAGCAUUGCUUCUGGUAGAGCUUUUCCUGGCCCAGCAUGGAAGAAGGGUUUGCUGAGCAAUUCUUUCUGGCACUCUGUAUUUUUUAUAAGUGGAUUGUAUGCCUGUAGAUUGAGGAAGAAAUAGAGCUGUCCUUUUCCACCACAUCAGAAGAGGUUUAUUGCCUUUUUGGAGGGAACGUGCCCAGACACCAUCAGAAGGAUGAAUAGUAACCAUCUGGUGAGAUGUAUUUAGAACAGAGACGCAUUUGGAGAUGAAGCUCUGACUGCUGCACUGAUGGCCUUCAGCCCCGUUGCAUUAAUGGGGCAGACUUGGCAGCAGAAAGGAGCAGGACCACCUGUCUGUUGGCUUCUCCAGCUCUGGCUUGAGCACAUCAUCAUCUGAGAUGCUGGACAUCUGCUGCUAGACAUUACUCUUGUAGGGAAUGGGUGAGCACUUUCGUAAACUUCCAAAUAGUUACUCAUGAGAUAAAAGCAAAGUUCAGCUGGAGUAGCAUGUCAGGAAGCAAAACUGAAGGUGAACACCUUUGCUUCUGGAGUGAUCAGUGAGCUAAUUUAGGAAGAGCUUGAUCUGCGGAACAGAAGUGAAAUGAGUCUCAGCUGUGCUGCACGCUAGAUUUGUGCAGGAUCUGAAAACAAGAUGCAGGAAGCACCUGAAUUUAAUCAGUCUGGGGACAGUUGACUCUGAGCUUUAUCAGUGCUUCUGUUUAACUGCUGGUGCCUAACAACACCCUGAGAGGCACUGUGAGUUGUUAUGUCACCGGCAAGAUAUAGUAGUGUUAUUAAUUUAAUACUCUUUAUAUUGUUUAAUUUGGAAAUUCAGAUUUAAUGAAAUGUCAAACUUGCUGUCCAAAUUCUUAAAUUAAACAUGAAUUGCUUGGGAGAUUUUCCAGAACUGCUGUUUGUUGCAUCAGCCCCACCGUCACUUUUAUUGGUUGUAGUAGCAACCAUUUUGCAACAAGAUAAUUUAGCCUUGGCUAUAGAGCUUGAAUAGCUGCCUGGAGACAUUUUGAGCCUGUUUUCCAGAAGAACCUAUGAUUUUUUUAAUAACAUCAUCAAAAAUUGUUUUGUUGGAGGCUGAAGAGGAAUAAAAACCAACAAAAGGAAAGGCACUUCCCAUUCUUUUGUUGUUCUGAUCUCUGUAUCUUGCAAGUCAUCUGCUUAUCAGCUGUUCUCUCCUUGAUGCUCUCAAGAGUAUUCACAUCUUCGUGGUUUUAUAAUAAGUCAUCUAAGUCAGGCAUGCUUACUGUCUAAAAGCAUCUGUGAAGAUAUAAAUGUAAGGAUGAGACUCAUGGUUUUCUGGUAAAAGUUGUGAGACUCAGCUCUGUAAGAGAUGUGCUACCUAAAGAUGCCUUGUAAGGGUUUUGUGAAAGGCAGGGGAGAGAGAUUUAGGAUGUCAUUUGCAAGCAGUCAUUUGUUAACUUGUUCCAGAGCUUCAUCUCCUCAUUUGACUCAUACUGAUGCUCUUGGGAUGCUGUAUGUGGAUGAAGGCUCUUUAUUAAUAGAGCUAUUGGAUACAGAGAUACAGCUUUUUUAUUUUAUUCUCAUCCCUGCACUUCUGACACCUUGUAGUGAUGUCAAGGAUGGGCUGUGACACAGCAGCAGUUCUGUAAUAGAGCAUAUCUCUUGCUUUAAGACAAGUCUGGUAAAGGGCAGUAUGAUUAUGCUGUGAAGUGGACAUACAGAAUAGGUAAUUUAAUUUUGUUGCUGUUGUAAUCUGCUGGGCAUUUUUCCAAAACAAGAGUAGGGAGUAACUGGCGUAUUUCAUUACAACCGCCCAGAUGAGUAGGAGGAGAUUAAGCCUUCAAUUACAAGACGGAGCAUCUUGAGCUAGUGUUACAGCUUGGGGCUGAAGCCACAGCCAAUCUAAAAGUAACCUAGAGGACCUCAGAUCAACUGCUGCACAGACCUGAAUCAUGAAUAAACUGGCAGACCAGCAGGACCACAUGAUACCAUGAAGAGAAGCUUACAGGUCCUCUAUUGCCAACUGUUUAGUGUUCUACUGAUCUUGGCACUGACGGAAGAGCUGGUGUUUUCUGUUCAGGUACUGUCUCCUGCUGUAUCCUCCUCUCAGGGCCUCCUGAUGGACACUACCACUGUCACAGCCAUGGGAACGACGCCUCGCCACAAGGACCGCCAUACGGCAGUGCCCGUCCCCACCUCCGCUCGCACCGUCCCCCAUCCUGUCAGCCUGGAUGGGAGCAAUGCUUCCACUGCUCAAACUCAGGCGAGCAGUCCUCGUGUUGGCGGAAAGGAAACAUAUCAUUUGUAUAACCAGAGCGCUUUGUACUCGGGACAGACUCGCCCCAAAGGGAAAAUAUUCCAGAUUUUCAAAGGCAACUUCACAGAGUCUUCAGAGCCUUACCUAAAGACAACCCUGCACUCUCCCUUCCCUACCCUGAGGAGCCCUUUCACAGACCAUCCCUUCCAGCCCCAGACUGCAACUUCCAGUGACCCCAAUGGCACGGGGUUGGCCAGAACUACACCCUCAGACCCUUCUCCCCAUCCCAACACCUCGGGAAGCCUUAGGGAAGCAGAGCAAGGGAAUGGGGCCGAGCGAGUUGUGCAGGAAGCAGAUUUUGCCACCACAACUGCUGGACCAUCAACUGAUCCCGAAGCAGUGUCGGUGCCUUUUAAACCCACCCACUAUGGUGUAUGGGAUAUGCUGAGCAAAAACAACUCUUGGGUAACCUUGAAUCUCAGUACAAAUGUCCCCUUGUUUGCUGGCCCUGGAACUGCACCAGCAGCAGCUGGUCACUCAGUCCAGCCCAGCUUUGAUAUCAACAUCUCCUCCCCAGCAGUGGGGGACCUCGAGGGCACUGCUCCAACACAGCAGGGCCUGGUGAUGAACACGACCUCGCUGGGCAAUGAUGUCUCCACCAUGCCUACCAUGGGGUUGUCCAGCUCCAUGUCCACUGCUGGUUCAACUGCAACUGGAAACUUCCUCAACAGGCUGGUUCCUGCUGGGACCUGGAAACCUGGGGUGCAAGGAAAUAUCUCCCAUGUCACUGAGGGAGACAAGCCCCAGCACAGAGCUACCAUCUGUCUCAGCAAGAUGGACAUUGCCUGGAUCAUUCUGGCCAUCAGCGUACCUAUAUCCUCAUGUUCGGUACUGCUGACAGUCUGCUGCAUGAGGAGGAAGAAGAAGACAUCCAACCCGGAAAACAAUCUGAGCUAUUGGAAUAAUGCUAUUACCAUGGACUACUUCAACAGGCAUGCUGUGGAGUUACCGAGAGAGAUCCAGUCCCUGGAAACAUCAGAGGACCACCUCUCUGAGCCACGCUCCCCUGCCAACGGUGACUACCGCGACAGCGGGAUGGUCCUCGUGAACCCCUUCUGUCAGGAAACGCUGUUCGUGGGCCACGAGCAAGUCUCUGAGAUAUGACCCCGCGGCUGCCCUCCUCCUGCAGUUUCCUCUCUACUGUCUCCAAAUUAUAAAUAUAUAUAUAUAUUAUAAAUAUAACCUUUGUGUAACCCUGAAUUACAAGAAAUGUUUUCAGCUUUUCUUUUUUCUUUUCUUCUUUUUUCCCUCCCCCCUCAGAAUUGUCAGCCCCUUUUUUAUAAGUGUGGUAAAACUUUACAGAACAGACUGUGGCUUUAUAAAAUAAAGGUAUUUCUAA